CCCCGCCCCCUUUUCUAUUUCUGAACAGGCAUGUUCCGGGCAGCUCACCCGCCUCCUUAGAUUACUAUGGGCUCGGCAGGGUCCUGAGCGUCGGAGGAGCACGAAAGCAUAUCCCAAGAAGAAGGGCUUGGACUCAGAAGAAUCGAGCCCUGCUGGGGAUUUAUAUUUUUCUUUCUUUCUUUUUUUUUUUUUUUUGGUCGUGGUUGUGCGGAGAGAGGAAGAGAAGGCUGUGCGGCCCGGUCGAACUUGAGACAGCGCGAAGGCCCCUUCAGGCGCUGCCGAGGGCAGCCCCGCAGCCGGGGCCUGGUGCAGCCGCCGCGGCCGCUGUCAGGGAAGCGCAGGCGGCCAAUGGAACCCGGGAGCGGCCGCUGCUGCUGAGGCGGCGGUGUCGGCAGCCCGACCCCGACCGCCCGCACCCCCUCCGCGGAGGUCCCCCGGAGCUUGGAAGCUCGAAGUCUGGCUGUGGCCAUGGGAGACACGGUAGUGGCGCCUGCCCCCCUGAAGCCAGCUUCUGAGUCCACCCCUGGCCCACCAGGGAAUAAUGGGGGCUCCUUGCUGAGCGUCAUCACGGAGGGGGUCGGGGAACUGUCAGUGAUUGACCCCGAGGUGGCCCAGAAGGCCUGCCAGGAGGUGCUGCAGAAGGUGAAGCUUUCUCAUGGAGGCGUCGCCAGCUCUGACAGGGGCACCCCCCUGGAGCUGGUCAACGGGGAUGGCGUGGACGGUGAGAUCCGCUGCCUGGACGAUCCACCCACUGGGAUAAGGGAGGAGGACGAUGAGACAGAGGCCACGGUGGCCUCGGGCACCGCCAAGGGAGCCAGGCGGCGGCGGCAGAACAACUCGGCCAAGCAGUCGUGGCUGCUGCGGCUGUUUGAGUCCAAGCUCUUUGACAUUUCCAUGGCCAUCUCAUACCUGUACAACUCCAAGGAGCCCGGCGUGCAAGCCUACAUCGGCAACCGGCUCUUCUGCUUCCGCAAUGAGGACGUGGACUUCUAUCUGCCGCAGCUGCUCAACAUGUACGUGCACAUGGACGAGGACGUGGGCGACGCCAUCAAGCCCUACAUCGUGCACCGCUGCCGCCAGAGUGUCGACUUCUCCCUGCAGUGCGCCCUGCUGCUCGGGGCCUACUCGUCAGACAUGCACAUUUCCACUCAGCGGCACUCCCGCGGGACCAAGCUGCGGAGGCUCAUCCUCUCCGACGAGCUGAAGCCCGCGCACCGCAAGAGGGAGCUGCCCUCCCUGAGCCCGGCCCCCGACACGGGGCUGUCCCCCUCUAAAAGGACUCACCAGCGCUCUAAGUCCGACGCCACCGCCAGCAUAAGUCUCAGCAGCAGCCUGAAACGGACAGCCAGCAACCCCAAAGUGGAGAGUGAGGACGAGGAGCUCUCAUCCAGCACCGAGAGUAUUGAUAACUCAUUCAGUUCCCCUGUCAGACUGGCUCCUGAGCGAGAAUUCAUCAAGUCCCUGAUGGCGAUCGGCAAGCGGCUGGCCACGCUCCCCACCAAGGAGCAGAAGACACAGCGGCUCAUCUCAGAGCUCUCCCUGCUCAACCAUAAGCUCCCCGCCCGCGUCUGGCUGCCCACUGCCGGCUUCGACCACCACGUGGUCCGCGUGCCCCACACCCAGGCUGUCGUCCUCAACUCCAAGGACAAGGCUCCCUACCUGAUCUACGUGGAAGUCCUUGAAUGUGAAAACUUCGACACCACCAGUGUCCCUGCCCGGAUCCCCGAGAACCGGAUCCGGAGCACACGGUCCGUGGAGAACCUGCCCGAGUGUGGCAUCAGCCAUGAGCAGCGCGCAGGCAGCUUCAGCACCGUGCCCAACUACGACAAUGACGACGAGGCCUGGUCAGUAGAUGACAUCGGCGAGCUGCAGGUGGAGCUCCCGGAAAUGCACACCAACAGCUGCGACAACAUCUCGCAGUUUUCCGUGGACAGCAUCACCAGUCAGGAGAGCAAGGAGCCCGUGUUCAUUGCCGCCGGGGACAUCCGACGGCGCCUUUCGGAGCAGCUGGCUCACACCCCCACAGCCUUCAAACGAGACCCGGAAGAUCCUUCUGCAGUUGCUCUCAAAGAGCCCUGGCAGGAGAAAGUGCGGCGGAUCAGAGAGGGCUCCCCCUAUGGCCAUCUCCCCAAUUGGCGGCUCCUGUCAGUCAUUGUCAAGUGUGGGGAUGAUCUUCGGCAGGAGCUGCUGGCCUUCCAGGUGUUGAAGCAACUGCAGUCCAUUUGGGAACAGGAGCGAGUGCCCCUGUGGAUCAAGCCAUACAAGAUUCUCGUGAUUUCCGCCGACAGCGGCAUGAUUGAGCCAGUGGUCAACGCCGUGUCCAUCCACCAGGUGAAGAAACAGUCGCAGCUCUCCUUGCUCGAUUACUUCCUGCAGGAGCACGGCAGCUACACCACUGAGGCCUUCCUCAGUGCCCAGCGCAAUUUCGUGCAGAGUUGCGCUGGCUACUGCUUGGUCUGCUACCUGCUGCAAGUCAAGGACAGGCACAACGGGAAUAUCCUUCUGGACGCAGAAGGCCACAUCAUCCACAUCGACUUCGGCUUCAUCCUGUCCAGCUCCCCCCGGAACCUGGGCUUUGAGACGUCCGCCUUCAAGCUGACCACAGAGUUUGUGGACGUCAUGGGUGGCCUCGAUGGCGACAUGUUCAACUACUACAAGAUGCUGAUGCUGCAGGGGCUGAUCGCGGCGCGGAAACACAUGGACAAGGUGGUGCAGAUCGUGGAGAUCAUGCAGCAAGGUUGUCGCCGUUGCUCAGGAGCCUCCCCAGCAACCGCGUCUGGCCCCGUGAUGACGGUGGCCCAGGUCAUCUGUUCUCAGCUUCCUUGCUUCCACGGCUCUAGCACCAUCCGCAACCUCAAAGAGAGGUUCCACAUGAGCAUGACUGAGGAGCAGCUGCAGCUGCUGGUGGAGCAGAUGGUGGACGGCAGCAUGCGCUCCAUCACCACCAAACUCUACGAUGGCUUCCAGUACCUCACCAACGGCAUCAUGUGACUCUCCUCGGCCCCAGAGCCGUGGGCAUUUGGGGACCCUCCCUGGGAAGGCCCAAACCAGGAAACCCCCACCCACCCACCCACCCAUGGGAAAUGGAAGGCAAGAAGGACAGAGGAUCAUGUGGUAACUGUCGAGCUUGCCAGGGUUUGGGGGAGCCAGCCGUGGGGUUCAGGGGGCCUCCCUGUCCCCCAUGUCAGUCUUACCACCCGACAGACUCCAGGCUCACCGCCCUCCAGAGAACACGGGAUACACGUGAGGACACGGGGCCUUUCUCCUCGCCAGGGUCCCAGAGGUUCUCUCCACGGGCCGUCCUCUUACUAAUCCGUCUGGGUCCCAGGAAGAGGGUUGUGGUUCUUGGUACUUAGGACUCGAUCCUGUGGUUCACCUUUGGCCAUGCUGCUGCCCGACUGUCCCCUCCCAGGGACUGACCCCUAGUCUGAGCUCCCCUUGGUGGUGGGCUCUGGCCUAGGGUCCCCACCACGGGCCAGGAAGGGAGCUGGCACCGCCCCUGCAGUACGCGAGGGUACUGGCCUAGCCACGGGGAGUUCCUCGCCCUGAUCCCUUCCCCACACCCAGGGAAAUAGCUCUCAAUUUUUUAAUUUUUGUUUGAAAUAAAGUCCUUAGUUAGCCAUC